CCCCAGUUUACCUUCGGACGAGCCUGUAAUGGACUACUCCACUUCUCCCAGCAACCUGGACGGAUUUUAAGAAAGCAUUUUUUUUUAGCUCCACAUUCAAGUCAGCAGGAUGGCUGAAAAGGAGCCUGAAUCGCCUGGAAAACUAAAGACAUUAUAGGCUUUUUUUUGGGAAUAGGGGGCAUAUCCGAACGGACUAUUUUUUUUCACAACUUUCCCCACUGUGGAUAAUGGAUGGCAGAGAUUUUGGACCCCCCCGAUCCGUCCACGGUCCGCCGUCGUUGUUGGCGGGUCUCUCCAUGGAGGCUCACCGCCUCGGAGCAGCAGCUGCAGCCGGGAGGAUCCCUCCCUCUCCCGGCCAUCCACCGCCUCUCCACUCGGGGAAAUUCAUGCCAUCGGCCAUUAACCUACAUCAACACCACAGCGAUGCCUACUCUGCAGGCUCCAGUCCCUUCCUGUCUGGUUACCACGGCCCCUCCCACCUGACCUCUGACCCCGGGUACAGAUCGGCCAAUCCCAGCAGUCUGCAGAUGGCUCAGCUCUGGGCAUCAAAAGCUCACGAAGGCUACCCUCCCAUACCCAGCAGUCUAUACUCCAGCCCUUACCACCUCUCCCUGGGACACCUGGACCCCUCCUCCCUCCCCCAGCACCAUCUCUACGACUCACACAAAGUAAAGGACCAAGAUCCCUGA